AUGGAAAUAACGAAGUUUAUCAUUUUACUUUUUACCUUUGCUUUUGCUUCAGAUGUUAUAGGGGAAGCGUACUCAGAAGAAUUGAAGUCAAAAAGUACCUCAGCAAUCACUUAUAAGCUUGCCUCAGUAGCUGGCUAUACAAUUCAAGAUCUCUCUGGUUGGAUUUCUCCAAGGAUAGUGAGCGAAUUAACACUUGACAGUCAAGACGCAUCAAUUACAGGAUCAGCUGAUGUAAUUCCAUCAGAAUCUCAAUAUUAUGAUGGGUCUAGCAAUCUUCAUGCGUCGAGCUUAAGAUGCAGAUUAUUAGUUUCAAUUAAAACUUGCACAGCUUUGCCAAGCUGUGGCUGGUGUGGGUCAUCAAAUAUUUGCAUACCUGGAAGUUUGGAAGGGCCACUUUAUCCAUGUGAAUUAGGACAUUACACAUAUACUUAUAAUAUUUAA